AUCCCGGCGAGGUGAUCCCAUGCGCGAGGGCGGGAUCAGGGCGGCCAGAGAACCCAGCAAUCCGAGUAUGCGGCCUCAGCCCUUCCCACCAGGCACUUCCUUCCUUUUCCCGAACGUCCAGGGAGGGAGGGCCGCGCACUUAUAAACUCGAGCCCGGGCCGAUCCGCAUGUCAGAGGCUGUCUCGCAGGGGCCGCGCGCCGCGGCCAGAAGCGUCUGGACUGAGACGGACCGGAGAGGCUGUAGCCAGCGGCGUCCUGCGCCCCUCUGCUCCGGCACGACCCCAUCUCAGUGCCUGCGCUUUCCCCGGCGCCUGCACACGGAGCGCCUGGGUAACAUGCUCGGGGCCGGACUCCUUGGCGUGUUGGCUCUGGCCAGUCUGGGGCUCUCCGCACCCGCAGAGCCGCAGCCCAGUGGCAGCCAGUGCGUCGAGCACGAUUGCUUCGCGCUCUACCCCGGCCCCACGACCUUCUUCACUGCCAGCCAGAUCUGCGUUAGACUGCAGGGCCACCUAAUGACAGUGCGCUCCUCAGUGGCUGCCGAUGUCAUUUCCUUGCUACUGAGCGGCGACGGCGACGUUGGUUCGCAUCUCUGGAUCGGCCUGCAGCUGCCACCAGGCUGCGGCGACCCCGAGAGCCUCGGGCCCCUGCGCGGCUUCCAGUGGGUUACGGGAGACAACCACACCAGCUACAGCAGAUGGGCGGAGCUCGACCUCAAUGGGGCUCCCCCCUGCGGCCCGUUGUGCGUCGCGGUCUCUGCUGCUGGGGCCCCUGUCCCCGGCGAGCCGGUCUGGGAGGAGCAGCCUUGCGAUGCGGAGGCCGAUGGCUUCCUCUGCGAGUUCCACUUCCCAGCCACCUGCAGGCCCCUGGUGGUGGAGCCCGGCACCGCGGCUGCCGCCGUCCGGAUCACCUAUGGCACCCCAUUCGCGGCCCGCGGAGCGGACUUUCAGGCGCUGCCGGUGGGCAGCUCCGCCGAGGUGGCGUCCCUCGGCUUGGAGCUGACGUGCGCCGCGCCGCCUGGGGAGGUCCAGGGACACUGGACUAGGGAUGCGCCCGGCGCUUGGAACUGCAGCGUGGAGAACGGCGGCUGCGAGCACGCGUGCAAUGAGAGCGCUGGGGUGCCCCACUGCCUCUGCCCAGCCGGCGCCGCCCUGCAGGCGGACGGGCGCUCCUGCGCCGCACCCGCGAACCAGUCCUGCGAAGACCUCUGCGAGCACUUCUGUGUUCGAAACCCCAACAAGCCGGGCUCCUAUACGUGCAUGUGCGAGACCGGCUACCAGCUGGCAGACGACCUGCACCGGUGCGUGGACGUGGAUGACUGCGUGCAGGUGUCCAAGCCGUGCUCGCAGCGCUGUGUCAACACUCAGGGUGGCUUCGAAUGCCACUGCUACGCUGGCUACGACCUGGUGGACGGCGAGUGCGUGGAGCCCGUGGACCCGUGCUUCGGAACCAACUGCGAGUACCAGUGCCAGCCCUUAGGCCAAACUAGCUACCGCUGCAUCUGCGCCGAAGGCUUCGCGCCCGUGCCCCAGGAGCCGCACAGGUGCCAGAUGUUUUGCAACCAGACUGCCUGUCCAGCCGACUGCGACCCCAACACCAAGUCUAACUGUGAGUGUCCUGAAGGCUACAUCUUGGACGAAGGUUUCAUGUGCACCGACAUCGACGAGUGCGAAAACGGCGGCUUCUGCUCCGGGGAGUGCCGCAACCUCCCCGGUACCUACGAGUGCGUCUGCGGGCCCGACUCGGCCCUUACCGUCCAGAUUGGCACCGACUGUGACACCGACAAGGUGGACCGAGGCGACGACGGCUCUGGAGAGCCUCCCGUCAGCUCGGCGCCGGGCUCCACCCCCAAUCCCCCGGCCUCUGGGCGCGUGCAUUCGGGCGUGCUCAUAGGCAUCUCCAUCGCGAGCCUGUCCCUGGUGGUGGCGCUUUUGGCUCUCCUCCGCCACCUGCGCAAGAAGCAGGGCGCCACCAGGGCCAAGAUGGAGUACAAGUGCGCGGCCCCCUCCAAGGAGGUAGUGCUGCAGCACGUGCGGACCGAGCAGACGCCGCAGGGACUCUGAGCGACCUCCUUCCAGGAGCCAGGCUUUGGCGUGGCCUUUCUCUCGCUCCUGUGCCUCCUCACCCUCAGCUGUACUCCACCGCUACCCAGAGCACCUUAGCUGGAUGACAGCUGGAGAAGGCUCGCCCCGCCCCCACCACGCUGUGUUCUCUGAUUCCGUGCCUAAAUGGGGAGGGGGUGAUUAGAGGGAGGAGAAUGAACCUCAGCCUCUUCCAUGACGUCACUGGACCACUGGGCAGAGAUGACGAUUUUACGACGAAGACAAAGACUGCGAAGGGUCCCAGCUCCUCACCACUGGGCGCAGGAGGGUGAGCGUUAUUGGUUGGCGGCCCUUUGGGCAGAUCUUGACCUCGUGGGCUAGGGAUGGGCAAAAUAUUUAUUUUUUUUAAGUAUUUAGGCUUUUGUUUGUUUCCUUUGUUCCUACUUGUAUGUCUCCAGUAUCCACUUUGCCCACCUCUCCCGUCUCUCUACAAACUCCCACUUGCCAUGUGGCAGAUAAACUAUCUUAGUGAAUUCUUUGUCCUAGCCCUCUCACAUUUAUGAAGCAAGCCCCAUCUAUUCGCCAUUCUUCCUAGUUUUCUCCUCUCAGGAACUGGGCCAGCUCACCUGAGUCGCCCUACCUGUGGCAUCCUACCUGUGCCUGACCCUACUUCUUUUGCCCUUAGCUGUCUGCUCAGACAGAACUCCUACAUGAAACAGAAACAAAAAUGCUAAAAAUAACAGUGACCGUUUGCUUUUUCACCAGAUUUCCUAAUUUAUCCUGAAAUUUCAGGUUCUCAGUGCAAAAUAAUUUUAAACAAAGGUUGAGCUAUAAAAUGCAUUAAAUUAAUGUUGCUGGACUGUCACAGAAAUUACACCCAAGGAGAUUUUUAUCUUUGUUUUUUUGAACAGUGAGCCUGAACUUUGUGGUUGCUUUGAUUUGUACUGAAAAUUGUAAUUGUUGCUAAUUUUCUUAUGUAGUUUCUUUUUUUGUUAUUAUUACUUACUUUUGACAGUGUUGAAAAUGUUCUGAAGGUUGCUCUGGAUUGAGAGAAGAGACAGGCACCUUCCAGGUGACAGUUUAAGAAAGUUUUGAGCUUCGUGAUUCAUGCCAGUUGGUAAUUGUCUCUCACUGUUCUUGUCACUGGUAGACCUAAAUAAAAACCAGCUUUACUGGUCUUAUGGAAGCGAGCUUGGGAAUAGAUCCUGGAGGAUGCCCAAUUAGAGCUUAGCCUUAAUCAGGUCCUCAGAGAAUUUCUGCCAUUUCAGAGGGGCCUUUUGAAAUGUGGCCCCUGAACAAGAAUUGGAAGCUGCCCGUGGGAGCUGGUUAGAGAUGCAGAAUCCUAGGCCCCACCCCAUCCAGUUCAUGAGAAUUUAUAUUUAACAAGAUCAGCAGGGGAUGGGUCUGCUCAGUAAUUUGAGGUCAAUGGUUCCAGACUGCUUCCGAUUUUCUGGAAUACAUUAAAUAUGGAUCAGUUAUAAGUAGCAGGCCAAGUCUAGGCCCUUAUUUUCAAGAAACUGAGGAAUUUUUAUUGUGUAGAUUUGCUCUCUGGUAGAAAAGACUAGGUACACAUAUCUAGACACUGCCACACAGGAUCUGCAAGGCCUUUGGUUCAACUAAGCUAGGAAUGAAAUCCUGCUUCAGUGUAUGGAAAAAAAUGUAUCAUAGAAACGUAUCUUUUCUAAGACAAAGAUUUUCAUCUUCUAUUUUGUAAACUCUACAUGUUUGUACAUAGUUAUUUAUUUGUUGGAGAUAAACUAGAACACAGGCAAAACCCUUGCUUAUGACAUCACUUGUACAAAAUAAAGAAAUUACAAUGUGC